AUGGUGCAUCGACGACAAAGACUCUGCAUCCCAAGGAUUUUCUUCCUGGUUUUCGUCGUCGCUUUCGCACACGGAUUUGUACCGCUAUCCACCAACCAAAAAUGUCGCACGUUGUUAAACCUCGUGACGGAAGACGACGUGAUUCAAAAGGUUGAAGAAGCGGAGGCUCUGUGGACCAAGGCGCACGAUGCCCGCGAAAGGGCCAACGCGUUGUCCGAUCAGGCUUCCGAAGAAGCUGAAGCGGCAUCGGGAAAAGCUAUUGAGGUGGAGCGAAAGAUGAAAGAAGGAUCCGUUUCGAUGGAAAAGCUACAGGAGGCGGACGCAGCGACUAUGGCCAAUAUCGAAGCCAACUCGAUGGUCAGUAAAGCGCUUCAGGCCGCUGAGGAAGCUGAUUUACUUGAGGAGAUGGCUGAACAAGCUUUGCAAGAAUCCGAAAAGGCUUUGACUCAGCAUCUCAAAGACUUUCCAGAUUCGCAGUUCGCCGAGUAG